ACAAACGCACCUCUUCACCUGAGAGCUACUAAAACACACUAAGACUGAUGUGAUGUUAUUAAUCACAUGAGAAAAGUUACAUCUUAGAUCAGACGUUUUGGAGUUACAAACUUUACUCAGUAUCUCAGUAUCUUUUCUUUCCGCUUGACUUCUACAGGCCUGAGAGACGGAGGGUUCAGCUGUAACAUUGUUUUAAAGAGUGUGAGUAUACACAAGCGAGAGUCACAGCACAACAAUGUCCAGAGAUGAGCCUGGAAGGAGAGCCAGUUCACGCUCUAUAGAACUAGUUACUAACUUCACAGGAUCUAAUGAGUCGGGAAGAAUGCCCCAAAGCCCGGCGUCUCCGAGCGCCCAGUCCCAGACCAGUGAGAGCUCAUCUGUCUUUUAUUCUGAUUCUGAGGAACCCUGCGGCACCACAAUGUCCAGAGAUGAGCCUGGAAGAAGGAGAGCCAGUUCACGCUCUAUAGAACCAGUUACUAACUUCACAGGAUCUAAUGAGUCGGGAAGCACCACAAUGUCCAGAGAUGAGCCUGGAAGAAGGAGAGCCAGUUCACGCUCUAUAGAACCAGUUACUAACUUCACAGGAUCUAAUGAGUCGGGAAGCACCACAAUGUCCAGAGAUGAGCCUGGAAGAAGGAGAGCCAGUUCACGCUCUAUAGAACCAGUUACUAACUUCACAGGAUCUAAUGAGUCGGGAAGAAUGCCCCAAAGCCCGGCGUCUCCGAGCGCCCAGUCCCAGACCAGUGAGAGCUCAUCUGUCUUUUAUUCUGAUUCUGAGGAACCCUGUGGCACCACAAUGUCCAGAGAUGAGCCUGGAAGAAGGAGAGCCAGUUCACGCUCUAUAGAACCAGUUACUAACUUCACAGGAUCUAAUGAGUCGGGAAGCACCACAAUGUCCAGAGAUGAGCCUGGAAGAAGGAGAGCCAGUUCACGCUCUAUAGAACCAGUUACUAACUUCACAGGAUCUAAUGAGUCGGGAAGCACCACAAUGUCCAGAAAUCAGCAUGAAGCAACAAGCGGAAGUAACACCAGAGCCAGUUUAUGUGCCACAGAUGCAGAUGUUAAAUAUAAAGAUUUAGAAAGCCUGCCGUUCUACAGGUCGGGGUCUCUGAGGUCCACGAUGUCCUCUAAGAGCAUUAGUUCUCUAAGUUCAGUGCCUGAAAUACUGGAUGAUGACAUCAGAAUGUUCCACAGGCCGGAGUCUCCGAGCGCCCAGUCCCACCCAAGUGAGACCUCUUCUGUUAGCAGAGACUCAGGGAUCACUCACUCAACAGACUGCAGCCGCUUAUCCAUUUGUAGAGCAGAGGACCUCAGUGAAGAGCCUCCUCAGUCCGCUGGACUGCAUGAUGUGGCCUGUGACUUUUGCACAGAAAAGAAAAAUAAAGCCUGGAAGUCGUGUUUGAUUUGCCUUCGUUCCUUCUGCGAAAGACAUGUGAGGGAUCACUACAGAUACAAAGAGCUGGAAGAACACCAGCUCGUGGAAGCGGCCGCAGAUCUGAAUGUAUAUAAUAAGUUGGCCGAGCUGAAGCAAAACAUCAGAACCCUGAGUGAAGAGAACCGGGCGCUGAGAGAGAAAUUAAACUCCUUGGAACAAAGAAGCAGCACACCGAGACUUCCUGCUUAUAUCUGUAAAGGAAAAACCCCCACAGCAGCCAACGUAGUUUUGGAUCCUGAGACGGCUCACCGCUCGCUCAUCCUCUCCCACAACGGUAAACAAGUGAGAAUGGGCCAAAAAAAUAAAGUCAAGCCUGGGCCUCAAAGGUUCGACAGGUGGGAGUGUGUGCUCGCUAAAAACGGCUUCAGCUCAGGACGACAUUACUGGCAGGUGGAGGUGAAUAAAGAGUUCACGAUCGGCGUGACGAAGAGUUCGGCACAGAGGAAUAGUCGUUUCGCCUUCGCUCCCCUUCAGGGCUACUGGUGCAUCUUCCACUUCUGGCUCUCGUUCUCAGCCCUGGAAGAUCCUGUGGUGCGACUUCCCAUGAGCUCUGUGCCCCAAGUGUUAGGCGUGUGUGUGGACGUGGACGAAAAGUGGGUGACGUUUUACAACGCCGUGACCAAAGAGAAAAUCUACACCUUCAAAAACAUGAAGCUGGCACCUGAAGAUCAGGUCUACCCCAUCUUCCGCACAGUGGAGAAAAGCAUGGACCUUCAGAUUAACACUGUGGUCUGAACACAGAUAAAAAGGUUCAUCCUGCUGUGAGUAGCUGUAGUUCAUUUGAGGUCCUGUAGUAAGCACUCAUGUUGAGAAACAUCUGCUUUACUUUGGUUUUAUUGAAACACUUGCUCUUCAUUCUGAGAUUCUAAACACUCCAAUUCUAAAUGCUUUCAUUUUGUUACACAUCUACCAUGAGGUGGUGGAGACAAGAUUUCUUUCAGGUUGUCCUUUUGUCCAUUCCUCUGAGAUCAUCACGAGCAGCAGAAGAACUGAUUCCACUGUGGAAUUGAUCCAGACAGGCUGAAGGUCACAGCAAGGGCAGAUGUUGAACUGUGAUCAUGUGAUAUUUUCCUUAUGACUGGUAGUGAAGGAGCUUCUCCCUGAACUUGUGAUGAGCUUUUUUCAGCUGGUAAAAUGGAUAUUUGGUUCCUCUUUUUUUCUAAUUUAAUGAAAAAUGUGUUUGGUUUUUAUUUUAACUGAGUAAGAUGCUGGUGCAGCACUCACACUUUUACUGAACUGGUCGCUCUGGUAGCUCCACCCCUGGGAGCUGUGCUCUUUUGACUCUGUGCUAUGUGUGAUGGGUCUACAGAGGGUUCCACAGAGCUUCUGUCAUGACUCUGUGAUCCUGGUGAGUGUGAGAGACAGGAGCAGGUUCUCCAGGAGGAACAGAGUUACGACGUGAAAUGAUGAAGGAUCUGUGAAUAGUUUUAGAAACACUGCCAUAGAGCCAAACAAACACGACUCACUGUUAGUUCUGCGUCUUGUCACUUUCCUUUAAAUCUGAGCUAAUAAAUGUUUUAAAGACAGAA